AUGGACACGGAUAUUAAUAAGGAUACUAAUGGAUUCAAAAACGAGCCUUCGAUGAUGACUUUAGGCUCUCCUAAAGUUGAGGAGGAUGUUGAAGAGAAUGGAGAAGAUUAUAGCGAGUUCAAGGCUUUGUUGCCUCCUAGGAAAGGUGGGAUGUCAAGAAAUUCAGACAAAGUCAGGAGAAAAGUUCAGUGGAACGAUAAUCACGGGAAUAAGCUUGUGGAGGUUUUAGAAUUCGAACCCAGCGACGUUAGUGAUUCUGAUGAAGAGGAUACAGAUUCUUGCUUGUGUAUGAUAAUGUAG